AUGGGUGGAAAUGGAAGCUCACCUUGUGCUUCUUGCAAGUUGCUCCGUCGUCGAUGUGCCAAAGACUGCAUUUUUGCUCCUUACUUCCCUUCCGAUGAUCCCCACAAGUUUGCCAUCGUUCACAAAGUAUUUGGUGCUAGCAAUGUCAGCAAAAUGUUACAGGAGCUUCCAUUGCACCAAAGAGGAGAUGCAGUGAGCAGCCUAGUGUAUGAAGCAAAUGCAAGAAUGAGGGAUCCAGUGUAUGGAUGUGUGGGUGCCAUAUCAUACCUGCAAAACCAGGUUUCACAGCUGCAAAUGCAACUAGCAGUAGCUCAAGCAGAGAUACUAUGCAUCCAAAUGCAACAAGACUCAAGCAGCAUGGAAACUCCAGUACAAAACAACUUUGAGGCAGAUGACAAGUCUUUCCUCUUCCACAACAAUCUCUCCCAACACCAAUACUUGAAUUUUCCAUCUUCUACUGAUCAUCAUGUAUUUCAAGACUCUCUCAAAAGGGAGUCUUUUUUUGGACAUGACAUGGUUUCAUAACUAUUUUACAUUAAUAAUAUGGCAUCCAUGUUUUUGCCCCUUUUCUACAUAAUUCCUUUUAUCUGCUAAUUCUUUCUUUGUAUUAUUUUCUUCAAGAAAAGAAAGCACUCAAGAAACAUUAAAAACAACAAGGGCCCUAUAGCUUACACCCUAGUGAAAUUCCAUUAAAUAGAAAGCAAUAUUUCAGAAUAGGAAUUUUUUUUGUCAAACACCUUUUUUGUUCCUUUCUAUAUAUAUGCAUUGUCUUUU